GGUUGUUGACUCUCGUUCUUUCCGGACAGACUCUGUGAUCGGAGAAUUCCGGGUGGAUGUUGGAACAAUUUAUGCUGAACCCAGGCAUUGCUUCCUCCGGAAAUGGCUGCUGAUGUCGGAUCCGGAGGAUUUCUCGGUCGGCGCCAAAGGCUACCUGAAAGUCAGCUUAUAUGUCCUCGGUCCUGGGGACGAAGCCCCCAUGGAGAGGAAGGAAGCUAUCGAGGAGAAAGAGGACAUCGAGGGGAACGUCUUCAAGCCGCCAGGCGUGGCUCUCCGUGGCGCCCACUUCUCCCUGAAGGUCUAUCGAGCAGAAGACCUGCCCCAGAUGGAUGAUGCCGUGAUGGACAGCGUCAAGCAGAUCUUCGGCUUUGAAAGCAACAAGAAGAACCUGGUGGAUCCCUUUGUGGAAGUUACCUUUGCAGGGAAAACGCUCUGCAGCAAGAUCGUGGAGAAGAACGCCAAUCCGCAGUGGAACCAGAUUGUCACGCUGCCUGCCAUGUUUCCCUCCAUGUGUGAAAGGAUGAGGAUCCGUGUCAUGGACUG